CCCGCAAUCCCUAGAGGCAAGAAGAGCUGAAGCAUCCCCGGUCGCCGCCGGCCGCUCCCAAUGUCGUCCACCGUGGGUGCCUCCGUCGUAGAUCCCUUCGAGGGCGGCUCCGUCCCGGCGGAGAACCAAUGCUUGACGCGGCUUCGUCACAGGAGACUCUUAGCUUUCCUCCAGGGCCAACGCUACGACGGCGCUUUCGACGCUCUGUUGCAUCAGACGCGCGAGCAGUUCAGCCUGGAGCAUCUGCAGCAGCUCGUCACCAAGGGCCUCUGGGCGGACGCAGCCCGGUACGUCAAGAGCUUCCUCCCGACCGGCCCUAGGAGCUUCGACGCCCAGGUGCUCUACAACUUCCUCUUGAUGCACCACUACAUCGCGAGCUUCGUCGCCGGAGACAAAGCCGCCCUUGGCCUUAUCUUGGAUAACGAGUGGAUGCACUAUGUCACCUUCGCCCACGAAGCCGACGACGAUCGGCUGCCACCCCCUGUCAUGGCCCGCUCCGUGCUCUUCAUACAAGGCGUCAGGGCAUGCAUGGACUGGGAAGAAGUGAGGAGGAGCGCAGCCUUUUCUCUCCGCAGGUUGGUUUGGCAGACUCCAGAGCUGAGCGGGAGUCUCACAUUGCCGGCUAACCACAUGAUGCCGCAUGACGUACUCCCCAUCGGUCUUGGUUUCUGCCGGAGGCGCCAGGUGAAGAAACAAGUUCCCCGGGUAAAAUCAGUUGCUGUCGCGAGGGUUAUCAAGAGAAGCCGACGUCAUAUUAGACGCCUCGAGCGGUCAAGUCUCGAAUCCUUCCACGAGGCAAAGAAAUGGCUCUCCACUGUCAUUGGUAAGGACAGAUAUCUACUGUUCAGUUAUUUGUCAAAAUUAAUCCGAUAA